GUGUCUCCUCCUAACCAGUGACCUCGAUGCACAAGAAACGCUGCAAAGCCCUGCCACUCCCAAACCCAAGAGAACCAAGGAAGUGUAGCUGCAGCUGCAGCUCCUUCACAUUGCUGCAGGCCUUCAGCAAACAAAGCCAAGAUCCUGCAAGGAAGCAGAGGAAGGACGGGUGUUAAAGUAAGCCAGCGCAAGUGAGGUGUGCAGCGGGAGGACAGAUGGAUGGGAGCAAGUACAGAUCAAAGGGCUACGUGAUGGCCAACGCCGGCAAGAAGCUCACCUACAUGCUCCUGCUGCUGCUGGCCCUCGCAGCAGCCGCGCUGAGCCUCGUCUUCCUGCAAAAAGUGAGGGAGCAACGCGCCUUUGCCGGGCUUCUCCAGGAACGUGACCGGCAGCUCGUCUCUCUGCGGAUCCUUCUCCACAAAGAGAAGGCAUUCAAUAAAGAGACGAAGAGGAAGGUGGAAGAACUGAAAGCCACGACAUCUUCCUUAAGAACUCAGAAGAUAGACCAGAAAAACAAGCUCAAGGGACUCGAAGCCACAGUCACAAAUCUUAAGAACACUCAAAAAGAACUGGAAGCAGCUCUCACAGAGAAGGACAGCCGCAUCCGCCAAAUGGAGGAGAAGGCCACGAAUCUUAAGAAGUCUCAAAAAGAACUGGAGGCAGCUCUCACAGAGAAAGGCAGCCACAUCAAACAAUUGGAAGAGGCAACCACCAAUCUUAAGAAGACUCAAAAAGAACUGGAGGCAGCUCUCACGGAGAAAGACAGCCGCAUCAAACAAAUGGAAGAGAAGGUCACAAAUGUUAAGAGCGCUCAAAAAGAACUAGAAGCAGUUCUCAGGGAGAAAGACAGCCGCAUCAGUCAAAUGGAAGAGAAAGCCACAGGUUCAAACCCUGACCAGAUGGCAGCUCUGAUGGAAAUCCUGCAACGAAAGGAAGCUGAGCUCGAAGAGAUCAAGACAAGGUUCCAAGAUUACAAGAAAACAGACAGCGCGGGUGUGAAUAGUAAGAGCACUCCUGUGCAAACGAACAAUGCAAGUGCAACACCUGACAUUGUGGUCAUCAAAAAGUCUACAAACUCAAGCAGUGCGAUUCCCGCCAAAUCUGAAGAAAAGAGAUCUGCCAAUGCCACAGUUGUAGAAAAUAGGCACCCAAAAGACAGAUCUUUGGAAGAGAAGCCGGUGAAGUUCACAACUAACAUGGAAGAUGAUGGCCUACAAGGAAACAUAAAUGAUUUUGAUGAAGAUAUAGAUAUAGAUGAUAUUUAUGGAGAAAGUCACUCAAAAAAGUCUGGAUCCUCUGGGAAGAACAAGAAGUUUGUGACCAACAAUCAAGUAGACAGCCAAGGAGAUGAAUUGGAUGUCAUUGGGCUGUUAAGGAACUCCCUAGAUCAGGACAGUGACCGUGUCCGAUACAAUAAACUGCUAGAGAAGGAAAAUGCAAAAGCUGCUGAUGAAGUCAAGAAGAACAAUACUGAUGGUACCUUGGAGAAGAUCCCCAAAGACAGUUUAAGUGAUGACAACCAUAUCACACCAAAAAAGGCAGUGGAAGAGAUGGCUGGUGCUGCUGAUGUAAAGCCCAACAUUAACAUGCCAGCAAACAGUGAUGAGACACAACAGAAAAGCAGGAAGCAGAAAAAGAAAAGGUCUAAAUCCAAAAAGAAGAUGGCUGAUAUUACAGCUACUAAUGUUGGUGGAGAAGCUGCUAAACAAAGGACGCCUGAUGCCACAUCGAUCUUAAAAUGA